UAUAAUAUAGGGGUAGUAGGUAACAAGAAUAACCAUGUGCAUUUGACUAAAAUGGCAAAGGUGGAUCUGUCUAGGAUAUCUCUGAGGCCAUUCAAGCUAACAGACGUUGACGAUUUCUUCUUAUGGGCAGGUGACAACGAAGUAACCAAAAACAUCCGAUGGAAGACAUGCCUGUCAAGGGAAGAAGCUCUAGUAUUCAUCAAAGAUGUCUGCAUACCUCACCCAUGGCGUCGCUCUAUCUGUCUCAACGAUCGUUCCAUCGGUUUUGUUUCCGUAUAUCGUUGGUUGGGUGAUGAUAGGUACAAAGCUGACAUAGGUUAUGCUGUUGCUGCUAACUAUUGGGGACAUGGAAUAGCCACAAAAGCAAUCAAAAUUGCUCUGUCACAUGUGUUUAAUGAUUUUUCUGAUUUGUUAAGGUUGCAGGCUUUCGCUGAUGUGGAUAAUAAGGCCUCUCAGAGAGUUUUGGAAAAAGCUGGGUUUCUUAGAGAAGGUGUUCUUAGACAAUAUACUAUUAUCAAAGGUACUGUUAAGGAUUUAGCAGUGUUUAGUUUCUUGUCAACAGAUGAAAUUCCUCACGUUGACUAGUUGACCUCUUGUAAUUUGGUUCAAAAUAAUGUAGUAAGAUAUAUUUAUGCUAAUGUAUCAUAUAUUUUGUUAUGGGAUAUAUGAUAUGAAACUAAGGGAUAAUGGAUUGUACUUAGCAUUUUAUGUUA